GCCUGCACUGUCCAGUUAGAGCCUCUGUUGACGGUCUGCGCCGGGCAGAGAGGAGCGGGUCAGCGCAGCCGUGUGUUAGACAUGCUGCCGCGGUCCUAACGCGAACCUUCCAUGCGAGAUUUUAACCGUGGACUGAAACGGCGCGUGUCCGGCCGGUGCCAUGGGCCAGUGUGGAGUGAUUUCCUCGAAGACGGUUCUGAUCUUUCUCAACCUCAUAUUCUGGGCUACUGCAGGUAUAUUGUGCUACAUUGGUGCAUAUGUCUUCAUAACAUAUGAUGACUACGAUCAUUUCUUUGAAGACAUCUAUACCCUCAUUCCUUCGGUGGUGAUCAUCGCUGUCGGAACGCUCCUCUUCGUCAUUGGUUUCAUUGGCUGCUGUGCCACCAUAAGAGAGAGCCAUUGUGGCCUGGCUGCUUUCUCAGCAGUGCUCCUGCUGGUUUUUGCUACUGAGGUGGUAGUGGUUGUGCUGGGUUACAUCUAUAGAGCCAAGGUGGAAGCUGAGGUGAACCACUCCAUUCAAAAAGUGUAUAAUGAGUAUAACGGAACCAGUUCAGAUGCCCCCAGCCGAGCUGUAGACUAUGUGCAAAGACAGCUGCACUGCUGUGGGAUCCAUAACUACUCUGACUGGAUGCACACUCCCUGGUUUACAGAGUCCAGAAACCACAGUGUUCCCGUCAGCUGUUGCAAAUCUACCAUCAGUAACUGCUCUGGAACACUAGCACGACCUGGAGACCUUUACCCAGAGGGAUGUGAGGCUCUGAUGGUGAAAACGUUGAAGGACAUAAUGCUCUAUGUUAUUUUGGCUGCUUUGACUUUUGCUGCAGUACAGAUGCUGGGGUUGCUGUGCGCAUGUGUGGUCCUGUGCCGUAGGGGUCAUCACCCUGCCUAUGAGCUGCUGGUCAGCACGGGUUUAGAUGCCUGAACAGCUCUAUGGGGAAUAACUUGUAGUCAUGACCAUUUUAUAGGAACAUUCCAUAAUUUAAAAAAUGCCAUUGGGAUAUGUGAAGGGUCAGGCGGUGAGCUUAGUUGGCUGAAGCUUUACUCGGCUGACAGCUGUGGCUUUCUGGUCAUCAUUGUUACUAUUUACUUAAAACACAUUUUAAUUUAUUGUAAUGUGAUCAUUUUACACAUAAUGUAUAUGCCAUAGUUGCAUUUGGCAAUGUGUUAUUUAAGCGUUCGCUGAAGUAAAUUAAUUUUAUUUUGGAAGUAGUGAGUGAAAUAAGUCGAGUUUUCCUGCUCUAUUUUUUUAAUUGUAGUACCUCGUAGUUAUGAAGUUAUGAUAGCAUGAUCACUUUAAUGGAGUUUAACAGGCUGAAUUACAGUCAUGAGGAAUAUUGCACAGUGUUGUUACCAAUACUGUUCUUCUUUAUUGGCCAGCUUCCGUUAUAAUCUAUCUUUUUGUUUUGUAAUUAAUUUGCCUCAAACAUGCCAAAUUCAGGCUGGAUAAGAAAAGAGCAGCUUUUUUUUGGAGUUGAUUUUACUUGAUUAAUAGAUCGUUUCUGUAUUAGACCACUUUAUUGUCGCAAUAUAACAAAAAGUUUGUUUCUUUUUGACAAAAGUAUUUGCAUCAAUACACUUUCUCUUUUGCAUACAUUAUAUUUGAGGGGAAUGUGUACAUGUGCAAAUACUGCCACUUAUUUAGUAUUAUAUUGCAGUACUAUACUUUUUGGAGAACAUCUGUUACAGACCAUAUUUAAGAUUUUACACACUACAAAAUAUACAAUGCUUGCUGACCCCAGUUCAUCAAAGGUGCUUAAUGAGCAUACACAAAAAAAUGUUACUGACUGUUUCAUCAUUCCUCUUUAUUUCGUCUUAGGUGUAUCUGUUCAAUGAAACUCAUGUCUAGUGCAUGUAAAUUUCAGUGUAAUAUUUUAACAACCUAAACUGUCCUUAGUUUGUGAUCAAAUAAUCAAAAUCAGUAUUAUCAUUAAAAAUAGAGAAUAUCAAGUAUUAAAAUAAUUGCACACAGGUGAAUCCUUGUCCAUCGGAUAACAAAAUAUGAAUAUGCAGAUUGAUCGGUCCUAGAAAACCACUUGUUGUCUUGCAUGUGACAACCAAUGGCUCUUGAGUGUACUGAAUGUACACCUGCAUGAAGGGUCUAUUUAAUUAUAUGUAUAUGAAGGUAAAGUCGAGCGUGACUUUGGCAGACAUGAUUUAGAGUAAGUUGUAAGCCAUUCUCAGUAAAUUAAACUAUAAGGCCAUGGGUCUGAGGAAUUUGAAUCAUAAGUACUACUGGAGUAGAUUUGUACUCUUGAAUUGAUUUAUAACUACACCUGAUCAAAAGUUUUUGCUACAACUGUAAAUGUUGGAGGGUUAUAUUUGAUGGUUUUAAAGAAUUUCAAACCCUCGGGAUCCAGGGAACCAGCUGUAUUGUCUGUUACAGUGAAGGUUAUUGGUUGCGCGUGCAGGACAACAGACAACCAGCCCGUAAGACCUUGGCCUAACACAGUUAUAUAGCAAGACUGACGCCAAGAUUAGGCUCAGUUUAUACAGGACAAGUGACAGGUGUGACAGACAUGACCAUGUAGGGAUAAACAAGAAUAGUCACAGUCCAGGCACACAAUACAUAAUAGAAUGACAUAUAACACACUGAGCAUGACAGAGCAGCACGGUUCUACAGUUUCAACAGGAUAUAGUUACACUAAAUGACACUUAUGAUUUUAACUGCUAUAAAAGGUUUUAUUAAUUAGCCAUUACAUUAAAUCUAAAUGUGACAAAGUGAGGUUAGGGACUGGAUACCUUUUCAGAAGACAACUUUGUUAAAUUGUCUUUCUAUUCUUAUUCUUUUUACCUGUGUAGGCACUGUAUUGUACAUAUGAACCCUUACAGAAGUACAUGGAGAAUUUUUACUAGAUGUUUUUCAGUAACUCGUUUGGAAUUUACUUUUUCAUGCACCUUUACACGUGUACUGACACAAUCAUACAUAGUGUUUUGAGUUAUGAAAAGGUAUGUUUCUAAUUUUAAUAACAUAACUUAUUUUAAUAAACAAACAGUGCGUCUUCUCCUUCAGAAUUACUUCAGUGUUUCUUUUUGAAAUCCUAUUAUACUAGUAUUCAUGGUGAGGAUGAGAAUUAUAUACAUUUUUUCCUGUUUUAUAGAAUUUUCUUUCCCUGUGGAUGCCUUGUAAUGUGUAAUGUCCACUUCACUGUUUGCAGGCAAGACUGACUCUUCUUGUUCCACUUAUUCAUCUUCACACCUCUCUUAAUUCCUGUUGCAUGUCUUUGAUGUGCUCUGCUGUCUGUAGUCUGUUUUUUUUGUUUUUGCAGAGAGAUGUACUGUUUGUUAAAAUCCACAUAAACUGGCCACUAUAGACAAUAAAGGAAUAUUUUUUUCUGCCCAUUUUUCCUUCA